AUGUUGAACAGUUACCGCGUGAAUGCUCACACAUUUGCGCCAAGUCAUCCUUUGGGAGUCAAACCGUCGGGAAAUGCAUUUUUGGAAGAAAACAGAGCCGAAUUGGUGAAACAGAGAGUAAAGGUGCUCGGCAGACUCGGUGGUUUGAGCGAAGAGGUCUUGACAUACAUCAUAUCACUCGUCGAUGAUCCUAAAGAUUUGCUUAGUCUAGGGCAUGCAUCCAGAGUACUUUACGCAUACACCUACAGUGAGGAACUAUGGAGAAAGCUCUACGUUGACGAAUUCAUUCUUCUGGAGGAGGACAAAAAGGAUUCAAGAGAGAAAGUUCACCCAUUUGGUUGCAAAAUAUGGAUGGGAAGCUGGCGAAAAACUGUACUACAUUUAGAGACCGAGGCUUUAAUCAAAACUAAUGAUUUACUAUUUUCAGACUAUUUGUACAGACCAUACCAAUGCUCUCAAAUAGAUUUUGAGCAUUUAUUCCGGAAAGUCAUCAAUAUUGAAAAGAAGUCUAGAGGGCAGGGCGACGCUUUGAGUGGUUUCGGGGCUGAAAGGAUCGACGAGGAAGCGCUAACAUUGAAUGACUUCGAAGGAAAGUAUGUCAAUAAGCCGUUUAUUUUACAGAACAAAAAAGUGAAUAAUAGGUGGCCGGGGUGGACCUUAGAAAGUCUUUUGGAGCGAUUUGGCUCUGUAAGCUUUCGGCAAGAAUCUGUGAAAUGGUCUUUAUCUUUUUACGCAGACUAUUUCCGGCAGAACUGUGACGAGUCUCCUCUUUAUCUUUUUGAUUGCAAUAGCGAAGCAAUUCGACAGAUACAGAAUGAAUACGAGGGACCAAAGAUCUUCCAGAAAGAUUUUUUUAAGGUUUUUCAAGAGGGAGAUAUUCGCUGCAGGCCCGAUCAUCGAUGGCUGAUUGUCGGUCCUCGGGGCAGCGGUUCAACAUUUCAUAAAGAUCCCAAUCAAACAUGUGCGUGGAACGCAGUAUUAUCGGGUCAGAAGCUGUGGAUUAUGUUACCGCCUGACGUUAAACCCCCUGGUGUUUCUACUGAUAUCAAUGAGGAAGAAGUAACAUCUCCUGUAGGUGUCGCUGAAUGGGUUUUGUCGGGGUUUUACAAUGAUGCUGUGAGAUUGGCCGAAGAUGGCAAGUGUGUUAUUACAGUAACAUUUCCUGGCGACUGCAUUUAUGUACCUUCGGGUUGGUGGCACACCGUCAUCAAUCUUACGGAUUCAGUUGCUCUUACGGAAAAUUUCGUGCCCCGCCCCACUCUACCUAAGACCCUCCACUUUUUCAAUCAUAAGAGAUCACAGAUUUCAGGCUUUCAUUUGAGAGAUACUUUGAGUUCAACAGCGCAGUUUUUAAAAACUAACGAAGCGACAGACGACGAAAAGUCUCGAUCGAACUUCGAGAAGCUGGAGCACUUUCUGUCAAAAUACGGAGGCUCAAAAAUUGAUAACAAAGAUUGCGGUCUUUCUGAAACAAACGCAGACUUGCCGAUCUACGAAUUUUUCGUCGAAAUUUUGAGAGCUUCAAAAAAUGUUGCCGCCAAACUAAUCGACGCAUUGGAAAAGAGCAGCUUGCUGGAACUAGAAGCGGCAAAAGAAAAGCAAAGGUCGAAAGUUCAUGUUCUUAAGGCAUCAGAGACUUGGACAAGUUUAGCAGCCGAAUCAAGCUCUGGCUUUAGUUUCGGCUUCGCAGUAGAAUAA